GUUUUUCGGAAUUCUACCUUGAACCAAAUAAUCAUUAACAUUUUUGUUCAAGAUAUUUUCCUUCUUCCCCUCAGGCAUUGGAGAAGCCAUUCGUCAUCAUGCUUGUUAAUUAUGACGACGAUGUUAUUCUUCUUACUUGUGCAAGUGGCAAGCAAUGUUCCAAGCUGAUUCCUCUUCUCUACAACAAGUGGAAACAACUGCGGCUCGCUGUGAAUAGUGCUGCGUCGGAAGAGUGCCUGAAGGCAAUGUAUCCUAAUGCGACCGUUGUGCGAGCGGACAUGGCUCGUAUUGACGAUGCGCGGCGUCUACUGUCGGGGGUAACCAGUAUUCUUUACAUAGGACCGUCUAUUCACAGUCAUGAAACUGAAAUUGGAUAUAACAUGAUCGACGCUGCACGCAAUGAAUUUGAACAUGGUAAUCUUAAGCACUUUGUUUACUCGUCUGUGCUGCAUCCGCAACUUCGCAAGUUGCCCAAUCAUGAUUGCAAGCGUUAUGUUGAAGAGUACCUGAUUGAAUCCGGACUCAACUACACUAUUAUCCAACCAAGUCAUAUCCUAGAUCAGUUUUCAGUUGACAAAGUACUGCAAUCACGAGAACCUGUCCUCCCUGUCAACUUCGAUCCGCAGGUCACAUUCUCAUUUACGGCCCUGCAGGAUCUUGCGGAAGCAUUCGCGUGCAUCCUCGAGGAGAGAGGGAGGCAUUACCUGGCACAGUAUACUGCUUGCUCCACUAGACCAACCUCCUAUGCCGACAUUGCAAGGAUGCUGGGCGAGCAAAUCGGCAAGUCUAUAGAGAUCAAGCAGGAGGACUACUUCACAGCCGCAAACUGGUUUCAAAACAUGUUUCGUGCGAAGAACGGUGACGUGCCACCAGCUACCCGUGAUGCAAUCCAUCGACUGCUGCUCUACUACAAUUUUUAUGGAAUCAAAGGCAAUCCGAAUGUGCUAGCGUGGUUGAUUAAACGAGAACCCACCACUAUCAAGGAUUUUCUCCAUCAGCGUGUCUCGGAAUUUUGGGCAUCCAAAUAA